UUUUGGAAUAAUGAUGUUGAUGUUCCGGGACCAACAUCGUUGAUCAUUUUAUGAUCGAAUGAUUGAAGAUCAUCAUCAACAACAACAACAAAGGUGAUUGGUAAAAAGUUUCUCUGUCCGUUUCAAAGGCUUCUUCAAAUACUUUCACAAUUCUCAAGCAUCAAAUAAUAAACCUUGCCGGAUUCUGUUUUGCAAAAACCAACCAAACAAACUAUCCACAAAAUGACCGUUAUCAAUAGACAAACAAUUAAGAUUCUUGAUCAAAAAGAAUCAAUCGAUUCUAUUGAUAAUCAUAUUGAUUCUGAGUGUUUAACAUCAACAACACCAGUAACAAGAAUGACAACAUUCACUUCAUCAUCAUCAUCUUUAGGAAAUAAAUUUUUAUUGAUUUUAUCAAUAGUUUAUCUAUUAUCAUCAUCAUCAACAACAAUAUCAUCAGCUAACAUCACUACUACACCUGUUUAUUCAUUAUCUUUGGCAAAAAAUUUUCAACCAAAACAAUUAGAAAUAAAUUCAGAAACUUUGGAAACAAUUAAUGACAAGUAUAAUAAAAUUGAUUAUACAAAUCAUUCAAUAAUCAAGAUUUUAAAUCAUGAUCUGAAUAAAAUAUUUACUGAUCAAGAUGAUUAUCGUAAUCAUCCAGAUGAUAAUCAUGAAAUACUUUGGUAUGAUCAAUCAGAUAUUAAUAAUACUUACGCAUUUGUACGAAUUGGACCAAAAAGUUUAAAACGUGUUCGUCGUGAUUUACGUUAUCUUCGUCAACCACCUGUUUUUGUUACAUCAAAUCUUCAAUCAUGGUUAGAUGCUGAACAUAAUCAUCAUCAUCAUCAACCCUAUUCAACAAAUCAAAAGAAUAAUUAUAUUAUUGGACCAUCAUCACAAACAACAUUUCAUCCGUCUGGUAAUGAUAUUAUGUCAUCAACAAAUAUUGAAGAUGAUGAUGAAGAAGAUGAACCUAUCUACAAUCAUAAUGAUCAUUCAUCAACAAUGAUGAAUGCACGUGUUGCUGGUAAUCCAAUUCAUUAUAGCAAAUUAGUGCCAAAAUUUGCAUUAAAUCGUUAUUAUCCGAUUGCACAAGUAAAUCGUUAUCUUGAAGAUGUAGCCAAUUUACGUUCAUCCGGAAUAACAUUAUUCACAAUUGGUUAUACACAUGAAAAUCGCCCAAUACAAGCAAUUGAAAUAUUGAACAAUCCUAAUGACCCGAAUUUUCUUUGGAUUGAUGGUUGUACACAUGCAAGAGAAUGGGUUACCGUUACAACUGCAUUGUAUAUAAUUGAUCAGGCAAUUUAUUCAAAAAUUCCAAUCAAUUUCAUUAUUGUACCAGUAUUGAAUGUUGAUGGUUAUGUUUAUACAUGGACAAAAGAUCGAAUGUGGCGUAAAAAUCGUCGACCAUAUAUUGGUAGUCGUUUAUCACGUCAUUCAAUGCCCGAACGUUGUACAGGUGUUGAUCUCAAUCGAAAUUAUGAUAUUAAUUUUGGUGGUUCUGGUUCAAGUAAAAAUCCAUGUUCAUUUUUGUAUCAAGGUCCACAACCAUUUUCUGAACCUGAAGUUCGUGCAGCAAGUGAUUUACUUUCGAAUAAUCGUCAUCGAAUCAAAAUGACAUUAUCGCUGCAUUCAUUCAAUCAAUUAUGGUCAUGUCCAAAUGCAUUUACAACAGAAAAAACUAAAGAUCAUAAUCAUCAUAUGCGUGUAUUAAGAUCAAUACAACAAGCUGUCCGUCAACAGAAUGGUGUUAUAUAUGAUAUUGGUCCAUUAGGAUCAAAAUUAUAUUUAGGUUCCGGUUUUAUGAUGGAUUGGAUUUAUCAUAAAUUAGGUAUUCGUGAUGCAUAUCUAGUCGAACUUCGUGAUCGUGGAUUUUAUGGUUUUAUAUUACCAGCCGAUCAAAUAUGGCCAACUGCAACCGAAACAUGGGCCGGUAUUCAAGCGGCAAUACAACAAAUUUUUUUAUGACAAUUAUCAUCAAAUCCACAAAUACAACGUCAUCAUUAUUUUGUUUGUAGCAUUCCAUUUCAUCUAUGUAAAUCAUCAUCAAAUCGACAAAAUUGU